AUGCCUCGUGAAGUGGAUAUAUCAAACAUUGAGCGGAAUUUCAUCCUCGAGGCUCUUGAACAAAAUGUGCGCGUGGAUGGUCGCCCCCUCGACCAAUUCAGAGGUAUUGAGCUAGAAUUCGGAGCGGAAUAUGGAACAGCCACACUACGUCUAGGCAAAACAAGAGUCCAUGUUCAAAUAUCAGCAGAGGUGACGAAACCCUUGGAAGAAAGGAAGUUCGAGGGCAUCUUCACCAUUGUGACUGAGCUGAGUCCCAUUGCCUCGCCAGCAUAUGAAGUGGGCAGGCAAACCGAGCAGGAGGUGAUCCUGUCCCGUAUAUUGGAAAAAGCCAUACGGAGAUCUAACGCUCUCGACACCGAGUCAUUGUGCAUCAUUGCAGGGGCCAAGUGCUGGUCUGUGAGGGCUGAUGUUCAUGUGCUUGAUUCCGAUGGCGGAUUGAUUGAUGCAUCCUGCAUUGCCAUUGUCGCGGCACUGAGACACUUUCGGAGACCAGACGUGUCCGUCGACGGAGAGAAUGUGACCAUUUACACGAUGGCUGAACGGGUUCCUGUCCCAUUAAGUUUGAUGCAUAACCCAGUCUGCAUCACUUUCAGCUUCUAUCACGGAGGAGAGACCGUAUUAUUGGACGCCACCCGCAGCGAAGAGCAAGUCCGGGAAGCCGAAGUCAUUCUCACGGUCAAUGAUUUCGAACUAUGUCAAAUCGCCAAAUUGGGCGGCAGCCCCAUCGAUGCGUUGGUCCUGCUGAAAUGUACAAAUACGGCCCUGGCGAAGGGCAAAGAAAUCAACGGGUUCGUGGCCAAGAAGCUCGCAGAAGAUGCAACGCGGCGGGAUGUUGGCGGACUGAUUGCCGAACUACGCGCAGAGAAUGAGCGAUGA